AUGUUCUCUGUGCUAGGGAAGCUGUGUGAGAAGCUGGACCGUGCGACGCAAGUGGGUGUACCCCAUCAGAACUCCAACCGCCUAAUGGCCUACCACCAGAGGGAAAGAGAGAACACUCUGAGGGAGGAGGGACCCAUAGGGUUCCUUAAACACACCUCUGGGAGGCCCUUGACUUUUCCGCCCUGGCUGAAGCAGAGAUUGAAGUCUUGGAUAUGCAUAAAAGUGGAUCUUCAGUGCCUGAACAUCCCCAUCCUGUCCUACAGCGACUGUAACAACUCCUACCCUGGCAUGAUCACCAACGCCAUGUUCUGCGCUGGAUACCUGGAGGGAGGCAAGAACUCUUGCCAGGGUGACUCUGGUGGCCCUGUGGUGUGCAAUGGUGAGCUCCAGGGUGUCGUGUCCUGGGGUUAUGGCUGUGCCGAGCUCGGUAACCCUGGUGUCUACGCCAAGGUGUGCAUCUUCAAUGACUGGCUGACCAGCACCAUGGCCACCUACUAAGUCUGAUCCUAGCUUUGGUCGUCCAGUACGUUCGCACAACUCUACAACAUCCCGUUCCAGAUCAACAUCCACCAUUUAGUACGGGAGAUUAGACAUUAUUUAUGUUUAUGAUAAAUAAAGCAUUUAACACUAAAAAGUAUUUUCUGUUGUGUUUGUACUCUCACUGUCCUUAGAAAUCUUUGUAAAGGUCUUUCUAUCUUCUCAUGUCAAGUAGUUUUACUAGUAAACACCAGAGAAACUAGUAACCACUAGCAAAUUGUUAAAGUAUGGAUCAAGAAUGUACUGUUUUUCUUUCUAAAGGAUACAGGGGUAAAUUCAUUGUGUCAUGGUAACCUACCUUAACCAUUUGAUUUGUAUCAAUACAGCAAGAUACAAGGUACAUUAUUGAUUACAUUGAUUAGUUUCUAUAGUUGUGUAUUGAUGCGUUGCUGCUCACAAUAGCUGAUGUACGGAUGUUAAAAGUGUGGCAUAAUUGCUCCUCCUUCUUACCCAUUUAGAGUAUUGUCUCUGAGAGUUGUGUUGCUACUGAAAUACUAUGUAGUGCAACAUGAAUAUGGUUAGAUCUUACAUAAUGCUUUACACCGAGCAAAUAUAUAAACUGUGACAUCAACUUGGUUUCUCUAAAGAAAAAGACAUUGAGUCUAUAAAACAGAUUGGUGGUUCUCA